AUGACUGCGUCGGAAGUGUCGUAUAAUCGCAAAAUUAUAUCUGAAGAUUUAUCAAAUGUUGAAUUUGAUACGAGCGAAGAUGUGGAAGUUAUCCCUACUUUUGAUUCUAUGGGAUUGCGGGAUGAAUUAUUACGAGGGAUAUAUACCUACGGUUUCGAAAAGCCAUCUGCGAUCCAACAAAGAAGUAUAUUACCUAUUGUAAAAGGUAGAGACGUGAUAGCUCAAGCGCAGUCGGGUACUGGUAAAACAGCAACAUUUUCAAUAUCUAUUUUACAAUCUCUGGAUACCACAUUACGUGAAACUCAAGUGCUUAUACUGUCACCAACACGCGAAUUAGCCACACAAAUACAGAAAGUUAUCCUUGCCUUGGGCGAUUUCAUGAAUGUGCAAUGUCAUGCUUGUAUUGGUGGCACAAAUCUUGGUGAAGAUAUUCGGAAGCUUGAUUAUGGUCAACAUGUCGUUUCCGGUACCCCAGGCAGAGUUUUUGACAUGAUAAGAAGGCGUGUGCUGAGGACAAGAUCUAUUAAAAUGCUAGUCCUGGAUGAAGCUGAUGAAAUGUUGAACAAAGGGUUCAAGGAGCAGAUCUACGAUGUUUACCGAUACUUACCACCUGCGACACAAGUUGUGCUCAUUUCUGCAACACUGCCCCAUGAAAUUCUGGAAAUGACUUCCAAGUUUAUGACUGAUCCCAUUAGGAUUUUGGUUAAACGUGAUGAAUUGACACUUGAAGGCAUCAAGCAGUUCUUUGUAGCGGUUGAGCGUGAAGAGUGGAAAUUCGACACUCUGUGUGAUCUCUAUGAUACAUUGACAAUAACUCAAGCAGUCAUCUUCUGCAAUACGAAGAGAAAGGUGGACUGGCUCACACAAAAAAUGCAGGAAGCAAACUUCACAGUCAGCUCUAUGCAUGGUGAUAUGCCACAAAAAGAGAGAGAUAACAUCAUGAAAGAGUUCAGAUCUGGUCAAAGCCGAGUCCUCAUAACAACUGAUGUCUGGGCGAGAGGUAUCGACGUACAGCAAGUUUCGCUUGUAAUCAACUAUGAUUUGCCUAACAAUCGUGAAUUGUACAUUCACCGAAUUGGUAGAUCUGGUCGAUUUGGGCGAAAAGGUGUCGCCAUUAAUUUUGUGAAGUCAGAUGACAUCAGGAUACUGAGAGACAUCGAGCAAUAUUACUCUACACAGAUUGACGAAAUGCCCAUGAAUGUUGCUGAUUUAAUAUAG